AUGUCAUCUGAGCUUUCACCUCCUGUACAAUUUUGCACAGAGUGCAAAAGUCUACUUGGCGAAAUCCCUAUAUGUGGCAGAUGCAACACAGCAAACGAGCUAAAAGACAAAGAAAUCACAAUUGAAAGAAAUUACCCUGGGAGAAGAGGAUGGGAUCAAGAAAUCAUCAAAGCAGCCCGAGCUACAAUGAAUAUAGAAUGCUCGCAAUGCGGGGCACAGAAAAUGUAUUACACUUCACGACAGAUGAGGAGCGCUGAUGAAGGAGAAACGGUGUUUUUAGAGUGCCCGAAGUGUGGAUAUAAAACAGUACAAAAUUAA